UAAUAAUAAUAAAAAAGCAAUAGUCUUCUACUUGGUAAGAAUACAUUCAUUUAGCGUAAUCAACACUCAAUAACAAAUAGUUCAAAAUGAAAAACAUUUAAAUAAUGUAAUAUAUAAUUAAUCCGCCAGUUUUCUUCUUAUAUAUAAACAUCUGAGUUUCAAGAGUCUGGACACCCAAAUAUCGAUUUCCAAAUUAAAAAAUAUAAAAAUGGAUGGAUUAAUGGUGAGGAUGAUGAAUAAGAAGCAAAUGAAAAUGGGUAUGUUUGUUGUUGUUAUGGUGGGUCUGCUAAAGGUGGCAGCUGCUGACACUUACACCGUCGGAGGUGAUAUGGGAUGGACUAAUCCUCUAUUUGGAGAGGCAGCCUACUCUGCUUGGGCUAAAUCCAACAGAUUUGACGUCGGCGAUGUAAUUGUGUUCAAAUGGAGGGGUAGUAACCAUAACGUGGCCGAAGUAUCAAAGGCAGAUUAUGAUAGCUGCAACAUAAGAAACCCUAUCAAUGGAACAAUCUACAAGACCAGCCCAGUAAAUAUUCCCUUGACAAGUAACAACACAACUCGCUACUUCAUUUCCACCAUCGCUGAUGACUGCACCAACUUCGGUCAAAAGGUAACCAUUAGCAUGGACAAUCAAUGGUUGGACGAUGAUCACCACAACUCUGCUCCUUCUUUCCCACUCAACAACAUCUUCCUCACUCCCUUUUUUGCCUUUUUUCUCAACAUUUUGUUAUUAUUUUUUUCUCCCUAAAUAAAUAAUAUUAGUAUACUAAUUAUAUAUUGUUCAUCCAUGAUUUCAUUUUUGAAUUAUUUCAAUUAGUGUAACAAUUAUUAUUUUAUUUUACCUUG